AUGGAAGACGCAGAUGUGGAAAAAUUGGAAGACGCAGAUUUGAAAAUCCUCCUAAGUCAACGUUGGGACAAGCUCACCAAGGACAAAACAUUCUUCGAAAAGGACAACUGCAAACGUCAGCCGAUCGGUUACGUUUACGCUGCAAAGCAUGAAAGGCGACUUUAUUGUUACAACUGUCAGAAUAUUGACUUUCAAAAUGAAAAUGGGACUAGCAUCUUGACAAAAAGCGGAGACGGGGAAAUGGAACGUCUUCCGCCACAUGUCGGGGUUUAUAUUGUCUGGGGAACAUGGAAAACCGAGGAACAUGAGCCCUCAACCUAG